ACCUUUGUGGACUAGCAGCAAGUCUGUCGGUGCUCGGAGAGCGCCGCCCGCCUUCCCUGAACAGAGCAGCGGACCGGGCUCUGACGGUGACCGAACCAAACGUACUCGGUGUGAGAGCGGAGCUGCGAAUGACCAGGAGGCGUUCAGUUGGUUCGGAUCUGCUGCUGUGAGGACUGGAUGGGUUCUGGUGACGAGGAGCAGAACUCGAGUACCGAGCCAGGAGGGCAGUCGGUGGCUUUUAGCGUGUUGCUGUUUGGAGAAAAGUUGUUUCUGUCCACCGGACACAGGCUGCGGACAUUUACUGUUGCAGGGAGCGCUGAACGGACUGCUGGUAAAGAACAUUUUGACUCGGGCCAAAUUGAAAGAGUUGCAGAGCUGAGUGAGGCCCUGGAAUGAGAGCUCCCUGCCAUCCUGUCUCCCCCAGACCUCCAGAAGGAGCACGCUGGGCGACACACUGAGUGUGCUGUUUGUCUGAUGCGGUCAGGCUGCCAUGGCUCUGGUCCAGGCACUCCCUGUGAGUGACCAUCCCAAUCCAGGUCUUGACCUCCACCAGUGCCGGCCGCUGUCACCCUACUCCCCGUCGGACCCCUGCUCCGGUCCUUGUGGGGCCUGCAGCUCCGACGCAGCCAUGGGUUCAGUCAGCAGUCUCAUAUCAGGCAGGACGUAUCAAGAGAGGCACUGCAGGGCUGGCAGCGAAUUCGCCAACAAACCACGUCGCUCCACGCCGGCCACCAGCUGCUUCCGGCUGCAGGACAAAAGCCUCCGCAGUGGGAGCUCCAUGGAGCAGCUGCUGGUCAACAGCAACCACACACAGCCUCAAGCCCAGGUUCUCCCUCCGCCACUGCCCACCAAAAAGCAUCCGCGACCUGGAAACUCUGCCGGCGCAGGUGGGGGUGGAAUUGCUGCUGGAGCAGCCAGAGGUGGAACCAACGCAAACUUUGGAUACGUAAGCGAAGAGGCUGUUGUCGGAGACUGGAACGACAACCUGGUGCUGACCGUCGCCAGUCCCUGCAGCGACCCGGAGGACCAAAAGGACAACGGGACCGUGAACGGCAACAUCGGCGGGCCUCCUCCCAAACUCGUCCCCGUGUCUGGACAGCUGGAGAAGAACAUGGAGAAAGUCUUGAUUCGUCCCACGGCUUUCAAACCUGUCGUCCCCAAGAACCGUCACUCGGUGCAGUACCUGUCUCCGCGGCCAGGAGGCAGCAGUCUGUCCGAGAGCCAGGCCAGCCUGAACCUCCUGUUGCCCCUCGCCGCCCCCAACGGCACGAGCAGCACAAACAGCAACGUUGGCAGCUCCAGCUCCGAGGGGAAAACCAACUCGUGCGGAGGUCGUAACGCUCGCAGCAGCCAGUCCUGCUCCAUGUCCGACUCGGGGAGGAACUCCCUCUCCAGCCUCCCCACCCACAGCAGCACAGGCUACAGUUUGGCCCCCAGCGAGGGAUCCAGCUCUGGGUCUGGUUCCGGGGGCUCGGUGGAGCCGGUGUCGGCUCUGGUUCGCAACACUUCAGGGGGAAGCGGCGGCCACGGUCACAGCAAUUCGGACAGCGGGCGCUCCUCCUUCAGCAAAAGCACAGGCUCGGGGUCGCUGAGCGGGCGCGGGCAGCCCCUCUCCGACAGCGGGUCCUGUGGGCACUCGCCGCCGCCUGUGGAGGGAUACGAAGUGGUGGUGAAGGAGCUGGAGGAGAAGCUGAGGGAGCGAGACCUGGAGCUCCAGCAGCUCCGGGAAAACCUGGACGAGAACGAGGCGGCCAUCUGCCAGGUGUAUGAAGAGAAGCAGCGACGGUGUGAGAGAGAGAUGGAGGAGUUGAGGCAGAGCUGUUCAGUCAAGAUGAAACAGACGUCUCAGAAAGCUCAGCGAGCACAGCAGGUGCUGCAGUUACAGGUAUUCCAGCUGCAGCAGGAGAAAAAGAAGCUGCAGGAGGAUUUCUCAUCCCUGCUGCAGGACAGAGAAACACUAGAGAGAAAGUGUGCCACCAUCCAGAGGGAGCAGACGCAGCUGGGGCCCCGUCUGGAGGAGACGAAGUGGGAGGUUUGUCAGAAAUCGGGAGAGAUCUCGCUCCUGAAGCAGCAGCUGAAAGAAAUCCAGUCUGAGCUCAGCCAGAAAGCGGGCGACAUUGUGGUGCUCAAGGCCCAGCUCAGGGAAGCUCGCUCCGAGCUGCAAGCGAGCCAGGGCCGAACCCAGGAGGCCCAGACGGCCCUGCGGACGAGAUCCCUGGAGCUGGAGGUCUGCGAGAACGAACUCCAAAGACGCAAGAGCGAAGCCGAGUUGCUGAGGGAGAAGGUCAGCCGACUGGACGACGAGUCGGGCCGGAUCCGCGACACGCUGUCCAAUCACAGCGGGAUCGCACCCAAGAAGGGGCUCAGCGUGAGCCUGUCGUUUCAACAGGGAAGAGUUGUGAUGGGAAGGGGAGGCCCCAGCCCCUGCAUGUACCGUGAUGGAGAGGACGGUUACCUGGUGUGGGGCGGAGAGAGCGACGAAGCCAAGGCUCAGAGGCAGAAUGCAGAAACGCUAAUGGGACUCAGACAGCAGGUACUUUUUUUUGGUAAUUCUUUGUGGCACAGAAAAGAAAAAUAGAUGUAAAAAAAGUGG